AUGGACUUUCUACACGAGACCACAGAUUUAUUCCAAAGAUACAAACUUAAACGUCGGCGCACGGAAAAAAAUGUGCACCAGUUUGAAGGCAAGUCAUCGCCUGAAUUGAAUAUUGCUAGUAUUUCGAUGUGCAAUGAAGGCGAUACUAUUUUUCAUCAGUCGCAACCGAUUGUUAAGGAUGAUGACUUUUAUUUGCAAUUUCACAUCGCUAAUGCUGAAAACAUAUCAGGAAAUUGUUAUUCUAAAUGCCAUGGUAUUACAAAAGAAAAAAGAUGUUCAAAUUUCUCGCUUGUGGAAUCAGCAGAACUAUUGGAUUCUCAGUCUAUUUUCCGAACUAAAGCAAGUUUAUUAGCAACCGACAACAACGCAUUUACUUCAACAUCAAAUACAAAAGAUACAAAUAAAGGCUUAUCAGAACAAAACGAUAUUAUUAUUUCAGAGACAGUACUAAAAAAUGACACUAUGCAAAACAAUCAUACGACAUCUUGUAUUGAUAAACAACUCAGUCUAUCACGAGCAAAUAACGAUGCAUUCAAUCAACAAGCCAAUCACGGUGAUCCCAUGUAUUUUCAGGUAAGAAGCUAUUUAGCACAUAGAAAUAAAAUUCUUCAAACAUACGAGGGCGAUUUGAUUUUGUUUUCAUAAUAACCCCCCCUACAGAAUAGAAGCUUAUCUAAGCAUGAAAUUUUAUAAGGAAUAAGCUAGCUGCUCGUGCUAAAGAAGCGCCCGUUUCUCCUUUGACUGCAGCUAGCUAAAAGAGUAAAAUUUAGCGGAUGUAGCUAGCUACAGGACAAAUCCGCUUCAGUAGUAGUUGCAGCGGGUAUAUAUACAUAUAUAUAUAUAUAGAAUGAAAACACUGAAGGAAGAAAAGAAAACGGAAAAGGUGUUUCUGCAGAGAUUCGAACUCUGCUGCUUGUUUUAAUAAAAUGACAAUAAUUAAAAAUUUUAAAACCAAUGCGGCUAUCAUGUUAAGAAUUUUAAUAAGAAAUCUUAAUCAAAUAAUAAAAAUAAUAAAAAUUAAACAAUUAAAAUUAAAACAUUAAAAUUAUAAUUCGAUAUUUCGACCUAUUAAUACGGUCAUUUUCAAGUUUCUCAUCGUAUAGGAUGUUACAUAAAGUUGAAAACAAAAAU